AUUAAUAUUUCCAAAUCACCCCUCUUCAACUACUUGUACCAACUCUUUCUCAUUCUCCCUACCCUCCCUCUCUCUCUUAAACGUACCACACACACACACACAGAGGAAAAGAAACGUGAUCGUAGAAACUACGACCUUUCUUUCUUUCUUCCUUUAUUCAACGUCUUCGGAUUGUCUUCACAUUAUAUCGGUUCGUAAUAAAACCCUAUGUAUUUCUUUCGUUUAGCUUAUUCAUUCAUCAUCUUUUCAUUCGUCGAGUAAAGGGAAAUCCUGCUUUCUUUUUCUGAGAUACAAGGUUGAUUGACGUUGGUCUAACAUAAAAUGGGUGGGGGGUUUCGAGUUUUGCAUCUAGUUCGGCCAUUCUUGUCGUUUCUGCCAGAAGUUCAGAGUGCUGACCGGCGAGUUCCCUUCAGAGAGAAGGUCAUAUACACAGUGAUCUCUCUUUUCAUUUUCCUGGUCUGCAGUCAGCUCCCUCUUUAUGGCAUACACUCAACGACAGGUGCGGAUCCGUUAUAUUGGAUGCGUGUCAUCCUUGCCUCAAACCGUGGUACUGUUAUGGAGCUCGGAAUUACUCCUAUUGUGACAUCUGGUCUAGUGAUGCAGCUUCUAGCUGGGUCAAAGAUCAUCGAAGUUGACAACAGCGUCCGCGAGGAUCGUGCUCUAUUAAAUGGUGCACAGAAGUUGCUUGGUAUUCUUAUAGCUGUUGGUGAAGCUGUUGCAUAUGUUCUUUCUGGAAUGUAUGGUAGUGUUGGCCAGCUUGGGGUUGGAAAUGCAAUUCUUAUCAUUAUUCAACUAUGUUUUGCUGGUAUUAUUAUCAUCUGCUUAGAUGAACUUCUACAGAAAGGAUAUGGUCUUGGAUCUGGAAUUUCCCUGUUCAUUGCAACUAAUAUCUGUGAAAAUAUCAUCUGGAAGGCAUUUAGCCCCACUACUAUUAACAGUGGACGCGGAGCCGAGUUUGAAGGUGCUGUCAUCGCUUUGUUCCAUCUGCUGAUAACUCGGACAGACAAGAUUCGUGCUCUGCGUGAAGCAUUCUACCGGCAGAACCUUCCAAACGUCACAAAUUUGUUGGCAACGGUCUUGAUCUUUCUCAUUGUUAUCUACUUCCAAGGGUUUCGCGUUGUCCUUCCAGUUAGGUCAAAGAAUGCUCGUGGACAACAGGGUUCAUAUCCUAUUAAGCUGUUCUACACCUCUAACAUGCCCAUCAUUCUGCAGUCUGCUCUUGUAUCCAACCUUUACUUCAUCUCCCAGUUGCUAUACAGACGGUACAGCACAAACUUCCUUGUGAAUUUGCUCGGAAAGUGGAAGGAAUCUGAAUAUUCAGGUGGUCAGUUCAUUCCUGUUGGUGGAAUCGCUUACUACAUUACUGCCCCAUCAAGUUUGGCAGAUAUGGCUGCCAACCCUUUCCAUGCGCUGUUUUAUCUUGUAUUUAUGCUGUCAGCUUGUGCUCUGUUCUCCAAGACUUGGAUUGAAGUUUCUGGAUCCUCUGCCAGAGACGUGGCUAAACAGCUUAAGGAGCAACAAAUGGUGAUGCCUGGACAUAGGGAGUCCAAUUUACAGAAGGAAUUGAACCGAUACAUCCCAACAGCAGCAGCUUUUGGUGGUAUGUGCAUUGGAGCAUUGACAGUGUUGGCUGAUUUCAUGGGUGCAAUUGGUUCUGGAACUGGAAUUCUUCUUGCAGUCACAAUUAUUUACCAAUAUUUUGAAACCUUUGAAAAAGAGAGAGCCAGUGAACUUGGGUUCUUCGGACUCUAAGCACUCAGAGUUUGUUCAGUUGGCUCUGAAGAACGGUUUUGGUGGGCGCCAAUGGAGAGGCUCCUCCCCAGCAGUUUUGGCGAGAGCUCAGAGAAAGUAUAGUAGAAAAAAGAUCAUCCCUACCUUUCUAACACCAUGUCCCUGUGGGUAGAAAAAAGAAAGAUCUGCCCACUUGAUGGCCAAAGGAUAAUUCAACUUUAGUUUUUUAUAUUUUCUUUUUGUUUGUCCCCUCCGUUUUUUGUAGACAAAAAAAAUCUUGGCUUACGAAAAAAAAAUAUCAAGAAAAAGAAUUCCUCUAUACUGUUUUCUUUGAGUAGAAAAGAAAUUCUGUUUACUUAA